AUGCUUAUAACUGUCUGCCUGUUGCUGAGUUCGCUGGAGUUGAGUGCACAGCAGUCGCCGCUGGCCCAGGCGCCGGCUGUGGCUCCGAGGGAGCCGUGCGGCCCAUCGCUGGCCUGCGAGCCCAGACUGAGGAGAGAUGCCGGCGGCCGGGGGGGCGUCUAUGAACAUCUCGGAGGGGCCCCGCGCAGGAGGAGGCUCUACUGUGCCACCAAAUACCAUCUGCAGAUCCACCUGAACGGGAAGAUUGAUGGCAGCCUGGAGAAAAACAGCAUCUUCAGUAUUUUGGAAAUAACAGCUGUUGAUGUGGGAGUUGUGGCAAUUAAAGGCCUGUUCUCGGGUAAAUACCUGGCUAUGAAUAAAAGAGGACGCCUCUAUGCGUCGGCCGCUGAUCAGAAUGGGCAGCUGCGGGCGAUCAAUGGGCGGCCCCAUAUUAACCAGUCACACUGCUCCCGGCGGCUUCUCAGCUGGGCUUUUGCUCAGAGGGAGAGGGCCCGGGGUGCUGCAUUCGUCUAG